AUGUUGAAGAAACUUAUCGUCGUUUUAUCGUUGUUGGUGUGUUGUUAUUGUUUGGAAAAUAACGAACAAUUACCGGAGGAGGCGAGAGCUAAGAAAAAGAAAGGAUCUUUAAGGCUUUUGGCAAUCCUUGCGCUAGUAGUCCUAUCAAAACUGGCAGUAAUCAAGGUGGCCUCAUUCUUCUUCCUCGUGGCCUUCUUCCAAAAGAUGUUCUACGCUGGAGGCCUCCUCCUCAGCUACUACAUGAAGAACCAAUCUUCUCCAUCAGCUCCCACCAUGAUGUACGGGCCUCCCCAGGAUUACAAUACUGUGGGGUACAGCUAUGAACCGGCAGAUCAUGAGCCCUUCCAAGCUCCUGAGUCUUUGCCCAGUAUUGCAGAUAUGGAUAGAAGAGAUGAAAGAAUUUUGGCGUGGUUCAUGGAAGAAGACUUGGAGAAAGACAUUGAGGAUCCGUCUUUUAGGGCCGAUGAUAUUGAAAGCAAUCGAGCCAGUGAACACAGUGAUCAUUUUACGGACACUUAA